AUGCCGCGAAGAAUUAAUUCUGCAAGUUUUACUCCUGGGGAGGCAGCCAGAUGCCCCCGAGCAAGCCUGGGCGACCUGGUGAGGCCGAGGGGGAAGACCGUGAACCAAGUGCCCGAGUUUUAUUCGAGGAGGAAGCGGUUGGACCUGCAGAAUUCAUCUCAUUUACAGCAGUGGGGAUUACGAUUAGGAAUGUGGUACUGGAAAGAUGAUACGAGAACUCUUGAAUUCAGACGUUUUGUACCCACAAUAGAACCCAAGGAAAAGGGAAAGAAAGGGAAAGCAGUGCACUUUGCUGAAAUGGAUGGCCCAGCUUCAGAAAGGUUGACAGAUAAAAGGCUUUCUUCAAGAGAUGAUAAGUCAGCAAAGGCCUUAGAGAAACGAGGUCAGCAGGGCCAUGUUACCUUGGAUGAUGUUAAGUUUGUUGCUUUGUUUUUGCUACAAGAUACUGAGAUGCAGCGGAUCUGUUCUUUUACAACGUUUAUGAGGAAUAAAAAUCUCGACAUUUUCCUCAUGGCAUUAUUGUACUAUUUGUCUCAUUACUUGGAAAAAAACUCACUGGAAAAGAAACCCAAAAGCUAUAUGGUGGGUCUCGUAGAGAAAAAGGAGAUGGAGCUGGUCUUGAGCAAGUUAGAAGCAGCCCAGAAAUACUUGGCCAAGAAGUACUGCGUCCUUGUGCUGAACUUGGGCAUGCCGGACAGGCAUCACAUGUGCUGCCGAAAGGAUAGAAUAUCAGACACACAAAAAGACUGGAAAUUCUUUGAGUCCUUUUUCAUGUUCUGUCCAUGUGUAGCUUGGAUUGUUUUCCAACGUCAACACCUGACAGAGAUUAAGGAAGAAAUAGGAAGGCUCUUCUGUACCAUUAUGUUCAACAUUCCUCGAAGGAAGCAUGAAGAUGAAGAAUCAGGGCGGGAGAGGAAACGUAUGACAUUGGUACAAUUCAGGAGAAUGAUGGCAAAAUGCCCAGCAAUUUAAAAAACCAUUAACAUGCGCUCUCCAGUCAUGUCUACUCUGCUACCUUCUCUCAGGGAAAAAGCUCAGAAUAUUGUUGAGAAAAAGUAUCAAGGCGGGAUGAGACAGUCAGCCUAUGUGGGGAAGCACAGGGCAAGCCUGGACUCCGUGCCCAUGCCAGUGGUUGGCAUCUUGGGGGAGCCGAGGUAUCUGUUCAACCCCCAUACUCUCCUCCCCAUUGAACCAGAAGAAAACGUAAAAGAGUCUGGCAGAAAUUCUUCCCUGAUAGAGAGAAACAACGUGAGAAUUCAGGACCCACUGGACUUAGCCAUGAAAAGCCUGUCUCAAACAUCAUGCCCUAAGUAAUCUGGUUCAUUCCAUGUCUGUA